CAGGCUGCGGGCCGUGGCGGGAGGCGACGGGAGCCAACACCCCGGGUGCCCCCCGCUGCCGGGGACUACAUCUCCCAGAGGCCUUUGCGAGAGCCGGCCGGGCCUGGCGUCUCCCUGCCCAGUCCGCAGCCAGACUGGGAUUACUGGGGGCGGGGAGGGUGCUGUUGGGGGGAGCUUGGCGGGCGGGCGGCGGUGCUGAGGGGGGGGCCGGUGGCCGGGGGGGCCGGGAGACGUGGCCAAAGGCCCGCCUGCCCUUAGCGUCACCCCCGCGGGCGGCGGGCCAGGACGCCUGGGCCCCUCGGGAAGCGGGGGUCCCGUCCCCCCUCCCCCCGAUCCCCAGCAGGGGAGUGUCAGGGUGCGGCAUGGCCCCAGGGGUGGGGUGGGUGUGGGGGGUCUUAGCAUGAGACCCCCCAGCGCGGGCCGGGGCGACGGCGGGGGCCGGGGCUGAGCGGGGCCACCCUGCCAUGGCGGCGCCCCUCAGGCGGGGGCGGGCGGGGGGCGGCGGGGGGCCGGGGCAGGGGGGGCUGCCGGGCCACGAGCAUCGCCUGGAGCCGGGGGACACGCUGGCGGGCCUGGCGCUGCGCUACGGCGUCACGAUGGAGCAGAUCAAGCGUGCCAACCGCCUCUACACCUCUGACACCAUCUUCCUCAAACCGACGCUCCUUAUCCCUGGGCAACUUGGCCCCGAGGAGGAGGAAGAGGAGGAGGAGGAGGGAGCCGCAGGCCUGGCCUGCCCCGCCACAUCCCGUCAUGACCUCUCGGCCACCGAUUUCCUCCGGCAGAUCGAUGCCGAGAUCCGCCUCUCCAAGGCUGCGGCAACCCGCCGGCUUCGCGAGGGCAGCACGGGCAGCGUCGCCGAGGCUGAAGGCACUCGGGCACCUGACACCGGGGCCCAUCCAGCACCCCAGGGUGCCCGGCGCGCCCUGCUCGGCCCCCGGCCCCUCACCAGGACGCCACGGGCGGCCGCCCUGCACGAUGCCGAGGACGAGAUCUUCACGCUGUGACACGGCACCCUGGGGACGCCCUGACGGUCAGGGACACUCCCCUGGCACCCAGCUCCAGAUGCCUGGGUUAGCAGCCGGGUGGCUGGGGGCACUGGGAGGUACUGGAGGGCACUGGGAGGUGCUGGGGCAAGGCCAUGCAGGGCCAGAUUUACCAGCCGACAUUUUCCCUCUGAUCCUAUUUAUUGGUAUAUUUUUGUUCUUGGGGGUUUUUUGGGGGGGAGCCCCCCCUCCUCCGUGCCAGCACCUGGACCCCAGUGAGUUUGGGGCCUUCUGGGGAUGGGGACGGGAUCGGUCACCCCCUUUGCCUGCCCCCCCUGCCCAGGAGCCUGUAAAUAAAAUGGAGCACUGUCA